GACCUCAAGUUCAAGUUCAAGCUCCACAACACUGAAGGGACUGAAGAAGAAGAAGAGGAAGGCGAGCUCGUGUUGACAUUUGACAGGCCGCUGCUGGGCUUUGGUGCCAUCAUGGAGAAAAUGGACGUCACCGCGGGCAGCACGACGGACGGGGUGCACCUCAGCAACGAAGUGUUUAUGUCUGAGCUGACUUUGAUGUUCCACAAUGCUCGAGUGAAGGGAGAAGUAGUAACAACCAUAAAACGAUAUGACGGGCGAACUCGUCCUCACCCCAAGCCAAGGAAACUCAAAAAUGGAAAAAUGUCCAAGGUCACUCCCCUCCCUGAGCCUGAUGAGUACACUUGUUUAGUGAGAGCCAAGGCAAAACACAAGAAAAUAAGCACAGUUGUGUCUGCAGCAGAUGCUAUGAAAUUUCAACUUCAGUUUGCUCAGUUCCUUCGUUCCAAUAUGGAUGGACUCAGGAAAGAGAAGAAGACCAAGAAAAAAGUGAAAAAGGCUGCUCAGUAGACACUUAGGAUUGUAGGAGUAAAGUAUGUUAACUGUUGAAACCAUCAGGGAGUGAUGGCACUGUGAAGGGCUUGGGUUUGUCAGUGGCAUCUCUCCAUUGGUCAAAUUUAUCUAACGUGAUGGUAAAAAAUAUGGAAAGAAGAAACACCAAUGUGCUCUUAGGAUUUUUUAUCACUUUCAUUUUCACAAUUCAAUAUAAGAAAAUGAGGGUGAGGUUGUGUCUGGUAUUGGUGCAAUAUGUAUUGGUGUAUUGGAAGUGGCCACAUUUUUUACUCUUUAAUAUCCCAGAGGGACUAAAGCUGAGUCUAGCACUGUAUGAUGACACAAUACAGGCCAGCAGAAUGGCUUUAUAAUGACUGUCACAAAUACUCAUGACAAGAACUUGCUGCAGGUCUCUAAAAGUUGGUGUUAGAAUAAUAAUGCAAAGCCAAUACCUCCUGUGAACUGUUUCAUUUUAUAGAAAUUCUGUUAUUAAAACUUUGAUAAUCGCAAACACUUUUUAUGUAAGGUAUAUUUUCAAAGUUAACCCGGUAGCAGCGGGGAUCAUGUGUCUUGAUGGUCCCUCCAAGCGAGAAAAAUGAGAAAAAAUCAUCACUCACACAAGCCAUUUCAAAAUGUAUAUCAAAGCAUUUGUGAUCAGUUUAUGCAUCAUCUAUUUUGGGGGGUUUAUAUCAUGGCACAAAUUUGGCCCGUCGCUGCUACAUGAUAAAGCCACAAAUUUUGCCGUCACUGCUACCGGGUUAAAGUUAUAAAGUAGUUAAUUUUCAUGAUCCAGUAGCCACAUCAUAAACAGAAAGGAGUGAAAAGCUCCCACCAGGUUCCUGAAGCUUAGGCACAGGAAAGGAUAAUGGCUGUGAUAAUUGAUUGGCAUCAUCAUUCUUUUGAAGUUUUGAAACUAGAAAAAAAUAUAUAGGCAUCAUAUGAGAGAUGAUUGACAAACUAUUUCUUGGACUUGUAUAUAACAUUUUGCCUUUCAUUAAAUUUUGUAUUACUAUUGUAUUUACUGUUUUCUAAUAAAUAUUCAACAGUAAACAAAUUAGUCAUUUGCAUAUAGGGAAAACAUAUCAUGUAUCUUAGGGAAUCUAAGGUAGACUUGUGGUGUUCUUACAUGUACGAAUAAGUAGCAUGUGUGACUCCAACAGAGGCAAACCUUCUGGCAUGGAGACACCCACUCUUGGAGCCCUGCAGCUCUUUGUUGGUUUAGUCAGACUCAGCUAUGAAGCCUGGUUGGGCGGAGCACUUGGGGAGUCUCCUGAUCAUAGCGCUGCCAACUCUUAUGUAUACAGAAUAUUUUAUACACUAUUUCAAACAUUAUGCAGCUGACAUUUGAGAGAGAGAGCGAUGUAUUGGGGGUGAUGCAGGAGUGCUGUGAAGAGGUACGGGCCUCACCCUAAUGGACUUCAUAAUUGUGUUGGAAUAUAGUUUUGUCAUGCUUCAGUGUCUUCAUGUUCCAUAUCAAGGUUGUCUGAAUGGACUUGGGGUUUUCUACUUCUUAAGGUGGAAGUGGACAAAUGAGCUGCUUUAAAAGUCACCUGAAUUGUGUAUGAAGCACAUCCAGGCUGCAGCUUUCAUCCCCUUGGCCCGAGGACUACAGAUAUAGGAACAUUUUGAUUUGUCAGAUGCCACCAUUGGAUGACAGUAAAAUUAUCCCUGCCCUGGUUGCCAUGCUAAGAAUGUUUUUGAUUUAUGAUACACCAUCUAUGGAACCUCAUUUUCAUGCUUGUUUUGCUAUAUUCCUAAUAAGAGCCUAAAUAUAA